UAUCCAUUCGGAUUCAGAAAGAAAGAAAGGGGGGAGAAAGAAGAAGAAGAAGAGAAUGGCUAGCAGUACGAGGUGGAGUAUCUGCUUCAUCUCUCCUAAAAACCCAACAACUAAAUCCAUUAAUCAUCAUCCUCAAUUCUCUAUUUACAAACCCAUUUCAACCCCUUCUUCUUCUUCUUCUUCUUCUUCCUUGACUAUUUCCGGCGUAUCUUCUUCGACCACCUGUUUCACUCCUCGCCGGAAAUUGAGUCGCAUAGCCUGCAAAAGCGCCUCCACCAUUUUCACAGGCACCACCCAUUAUGAGUUCACAGAUGGUUCAACCGACGUGGAAUUAAGGUUAGAACUCAAUGGACAUGAUGUUCAAAGUUCCAGAGAUGUCUUUGUCGAUACAGAUGAGAACUCUCUGACAAUCAGAAUCCAACGGCCUGGAUACAACAAAACUCUCAUGGAGACGACUUGUCUCUAUGACAAAAUAAAACCAUCCGAAACAAUAUGGUUUAUAGAUGAUGAACAACUUGUUGUUAACUUGAAGAAGAAUGACCCAGAUUUGAAAUGGCCUGAUAUCAUAGAGACAUGGGAGUCCCUCACAGCAGGAGUGCUGCAGAUUCUACAAGGAACAUCUAUCUACUUGGUUGGAGAUUCAACUGAAAUCAAUCAGAAAAUUGCUCGUGAACUAGCUGUUGGUCUUAAGUAUACGCCACUCAACACCAAGGAUUUGUUAGAAACAUUUGCCAAGCAGAGCAUCGAGUCAUGGGUGGUUGAUGAAGGAUUGGACUCGGUUGCAGAAGCAGAAAGUUUGAUAUUGGAAAACCUUAGCAGUCAUGUUCGAGCGGUUGUGGCUACAUUAGGAGGAGAACAUGGUGCUUCAAGAAGGGGAGAUAAGUGGCAACAUAUUUAUGCCGGUUUUUCAGUAUGGUUGUCACAGUCCGAAGCUACGGAUGAAGAUUCAGCGAAAGAGGAGGUUAAGAACCACAUUCAAACUGGCGGUACUUCUUACUCUAAUGCAGAUGUUGUUGUGAAGCUUGCCGGUUGGGAUCCCACCUAUGCCAAAACCGUCGCUCAGGCUUCAUUGAGCGCAAUUAAACGAUUGAUUCUAUCGGAUAAAAAACUUCCAGGUAAAAAGAGCUUAUACAUAAGGUUGGGUUGUCGGGGUGACUGGCCAAACAUCAAACCACCCGGUUGGGACCCUUGCUCUGAAAGGGGUUAAUUUUUUAUUUUUUUUUGCAUGAAACCAUAAAUAUUGAUGGGUAUGAUUGUAAUUGUAUGGUUGAAAAGAUUUUGAUUAAACCUCCUUCGGAUAUGAGUUCAUCAAAGGGGUUUCUAAAGGUUAUUGAAAAUUUAUAUGA